ACAUCAAUCAACAAGUUACCAACAUUGCACAAUCAGUGUUGCCAAACUAUGGUGUAGACAUUUUUCGCAACAAAUGAGACAUUUUUAACAUAUAUACCGUCCUAAUUUAUUCAAAUAUGCAAAAGUAACUCAUUUAGGCACCAAUUAACUCUCUUUCGCUUCGACAAAAUCGCGCAACCAUUGACCUUUUGUUACAAGAAGUGAAACCAUGAAAACCUAACCUCACAAUUUUCAUACUUGUAGAAACAUGGAGCAAAAUGUAAACAUUGCCGAAACGAAACCGCGCUAUUCGCCUGAAUUCAAGAUGAAAGCGGGUAUUUUCCUGGCUGGCGUUUCUGGAGUAUCUGCACUAAUAGGUUUUGGGGCUACUUUAGCAGCUGCCAAAAGACAGGACCCGAAGUAUUUUGGGCAAGGUAUGGUCGGGUCGAGACAGAUGGGGGAAACUGGGGCUGGUUUAGCGUUACGAGCGCUUGGUUGGGGCACUUUAUAUGCCUUCACCGGUUGCGGGAUUUUAUUUUACAGUAUAUGGAAACUGUCAGGAGCGCAGAAUUUUGAGGAAUUCAGGUACAAAGUUGGCAGCAUUUUGCCAAAAAUACCUAGAAAUAACCCGCCGCAAGGAAGGACCGAAUUCAGUGGAUUGAAUGACCUGUUGGACUAUCUUCAACAUCAAAAAAGCGUAAAAGACGAAUAAAACGUGUGUUAAACAUAAAAUAUCUCGAGUGUACAUAUAAAUAAACUUAAGGAAAUACGACAGA